AGAACCUCAAAAUUUGAUUAAUCGAUAAAUCAUGUUUGAAACUAAAAGGGCUGAAUUCUCUUCCUAUUAGAACUGCAAAGCAAUUAUUUGUUGAACAAAGUGGACAGAUGCUAGACGAACUGUGAAAAUAAAGUAUGUUUCGCAGGUUUUAUCAAAUAAAUAUCAAAAUAAAAGAGCCUCAUUCCUCCUGAACUGGAAGAUUUAAGACGAUGCUUGUAGAAAACAUUCAUUGAAUAAGCAGCUGUUGCAUAAGCCGUGAAACUAACAAUUAUACCUUCAGCACGAGGUUAACGGUAUACUCUAGUACAGUCAAAGAAACUAUAUUUCAAGAAACUCUUGGAAUGGUGGAACUUUAUCGAAUUGAAAUUACACCAUUGCAAAAUUUGACAAAGGAAGCAUUGCAGCUUCUCUGAAGCUAGCAUAAACAAAAAUAGAGCUUGAGCGAAAUUGACAAGGACAGUUGUAUUGAUUGCGCGGCUUCCCGCGGGACAGUUGUACAGAAGUUAAAAAGCUUGGCAGACUCAAGCAUAUUUUUACUGUAGCUGAAUUACUUCGCAUGAAAGGCUUGGCAAUGGGAAGGAGGCAGAAGGCAAUGGCAUUGGCGAAUUAACAAAUUUUACGUCACAAUAAAUAAGCAUUAAUGUCCAACAAAAAACGUUUUUUCUAAAGACUUACGAAAAAAAGUCAUAAGUCACGGCUUGUCUAUUUGGUAAAAUAUCGCAAUUGUAAUGAAGCAGCACUAUAGACUGAAACUGCCCUCCAUUGAAGAUGGCAAUCUGAUAUCGAAAUUCGCACGACAGGACGGCCAUGACAUCUAUAACUCAGUAACGAUCGAAGAAGAAUGGACCGAGCAGUCGACGUCUGGAGAGAAUUCAGGCAGUGAUGAUGUCAACACUUCUCUUUCAUUGAGACGUUGUAGGAGGAAGAAUGUGCAUACACUAAAAGGGAUAGCAAGUGCCAUCCUUGCACAGAGGUGUUGGGCAAAAGAAGUGCGACGAAAAUGGGAGACUGAGCUUAAGGAGGUAUCCAAUACAAAAGAACAAGACAAGCUGUCAAUCACAUUCAAUGCUAAAGCUUUCAAAGCGCAUAUUCAAGCUUGUGGGGCAAUUUCCGAAGAAAUGAGAAGAAUUCUUCGCAAAUUUUCAAAAUUCAGAACAGAUGACGAGGUGAAGGUUAUCGGGAGACUUGUUAAUCGCCUCAAGGUGUUUGAGAAAUACCCGAUUAUGGUUAAAGAAGAGCUUGGCAGAAUUCUUUACUUCGACGUAUUUGAGGAUGGAAGAAUUAUCACAAAGCAAGGCCAGUCUGGAAUCUCAUUUUACUUCAUUGUCACCGGAACAGUGCUGGUCGAGCGGAUUGAAGUAGACAAACAAACCGGACUUAGGCAUAUACAGAGAGUUGAUGAGUUAGGCCAAGGAGACUCAUUUGGCGAGCUUGCAUUGCUGCAUAGUAACACAAAGAGAGCUGCCUCCAUGAUUUGUCGUGGACUCUGCGAGUUUCUUCGCAUCGAUCGAGGCGAAUUUGAAGAUGUUCUUCAGAGAUGUCGUGAAAAAGAAUGGAGUCAAAGGGCGACUGUUCUUAGUGAACUGAAUGCUCUUUCUGGAUAUUCUCCGAGAGACUUGAUGGUUCUGAACAGUAAUGCGAAGUAUGAUUCAUACCCACCGAAUUCGAUCAUUCUUGGUAGCUUAAAGCAAAGACCGGACAGAGUAUUUUUCGUUGUGUCUGGGACAUGUAAUGUUGUCAGGGAACUGAUUGUCAUAAAAAGACAAGCGACACAUAAAAAAUACAAAUACAUACUUCCUUCGCAUGAAUUUAUUUUACGCUACAGAGCCGGGGAAACAACAUUAGACAAUGCAAGUGACACUUUGGAAACCCAUUUCCUCAUCGUCAACAAACUAACAAAAGGGGAUGUUUUUAACAUACAUGAUAGUACACAUGAUGUCUAUUAUAUUAGCGAGCAAAAGACUGACGUCAUCCAUAUUGCAAUAGCAUCACUUGCUAGGCCAAUGGAAAGUUUCGAGGGAAUGAAGGAGCAAUUUGCGAAGAGGAUUCCAAGCAGAGAGAAAGUUUUCAAUGACAUGGUAGCUGAAGUCAAAUGGAAUUGCUUCAAACGAAAUUUGGCUAGGCAUGUUAUAUCGCAAAACAAAAAGAGGCAAGUCAUAUCAAAGAAAUCGCCAUACUACGAUCAACCAGAUAUAAUAUGAACGAUAUAAACGUUUUGUUACCACCUUAAUUUUCAUGUAUUUAAACAUAGAUCAUAAAAAAGCAAGAAAAUCUAUUCAUUGUGUCCAUCAAUCUUAAAUUGUGUCCUUAGAAACUGAAAUCGUAAUAAUGAAAGGUGAACUAAAUUGUUUUUUACAAACUGAAAGUGAUGGAAAUAUGGAGAAGAAAUUCAAAUAGGUGUAGAAAGUAGGAACUUAUGGAAGAGCCCUAAUUUGUUUACUAUAGUCAUAAGUCAGGACUUUCACUGAUAUUACGUCGUGUUUACUGGAGUUGUAACUGACAUCAGGCAUCAGUGUUCCAAGACUUUUGGCAGGCAUUGUACCUAUUAAUAAAUGUGUAGGUUAGCCAGUUUUAUAUAUUUUCGUUCUCUUUAAUGGCAGAGUAUUUGCACCAAAAACAGAAUUUUAUCUGGCAGAAAUUAUGGGUUACAUAAAUUUGCAUUUACAUCCGAAGUAAGCCAGGGCCUUUUAACCUAUUAGCUAGGGGCCAAUUGCCCCUGCAACCCAAGUGGCUUUCUAUUAUCCCCUUCUUUAUAAAAGCAAAUGUCUGCCCCGUAAAGGCUUUGAAGUAAGCAAAGCAU